CGUUCUCCAAGCCUCCCGCAACACCAUGUCCAAGGUCCAGACCGCCAGCUAAAGCCACACCCGUUCUCGUUAAACCGUCGCUCGGUUCAGCCUUCCGCUCACAAAUCGCCAAUGACAUCAUUUACGCGGGGGCUUAGCAUGUCUAUCUUCCGUUUCAGCUGAGAUGCACCACUGUCAUCGCAUCGCGCCAGAGGACGGCGACACGUCGAACCACGGAUGAAAGUCUGGACCGCGAAAUGUCAUACCUCUAUGACGUCGUUGUUGUGUUUGCGCCUAAUGUUUUGAGCUGGAUUGCUGCGCUCGUCAGGCAACUGCUCAGGCAAUGCGAUGAGUAUGCGGUGAGCACAUAGCUUUGUGACGGUCUGAUGAGGACGACGCGGAUGUGAGAUCGCGAUGGACAGGUUCUGGGCUGUGUUCAGAGAGAAGCAAGGCAUUUAUCGAGAGUGAGAAAAAGCUUUAGGUGUAUAAAGGUAAGACUCGCUCAUGUUACGAUGAGAUUGCAUCAGGACGACACUUUGGACCCACGCUCUACAUACAUAGCAGGCCAAUCAACCACCGAUAUCAUCAUCCACAACGCAACAAAUACCGCAGGAGACAAGAUGAAUUCCACUUCCACAACCAACCUCGAGAUCGCUGUGAACGCGAUCACUCAUUCCUCAUCCCGAACCAAAAGCAAGAAGAAGCAAUCAAUAAAUUACCGAGCGCACCAGCGCGAAGAUGGUGUGAUUACAGAGUACCCGCGCUACGUUCCUAUAUCCUUACCACGGAAGCAAACAUUCAAAUUCGAGAAAGCCAAAGCAGAGUCCAAGAUCCCCACAUCACCACCUAGGCCCGCUACUCAACACAGAAUUGUUGAAAGACUCCCUGAUAAUCUGCUGAAGAUUAUAGUGCGCCAAGAGGAGACUCGAAGAGAUCGCUACAACGAACCUGUUAGCCUGGGGAAGGAUGGGUACAUCGAUCUUUUAUACAGGAUUGAGAAAGGAAAUUUGGAAAGACUGGAAUACCAAACUGAUCCUUCUAUGAUGCCGAUGCAACGCUUUCUCGCUGAGCCAGGGCCCUGGAACAUGUACCUACUACAAGUGGACUGAGCUCUCCUGGACGUGACCCUACAUGAUAUACGAAAUCAUUGAUGCUGAUCGGUGAAGAGCUUACCGACCUAACUUUUCUACCCGGUUAUGUUCUAGCGUGUUCUCAGGAACGGAGAUCUUACAAGAGGACUUGCAGGUUUGCGGACUCGGGUGUGUCCGUUGACCCUGAACCUGAACAGUGCAGUCCCAACUUGUAGCAAAAAUCGUAAAUACUUCGACACCUAAUCGAGCAGAUGCGGAUUGUAGUCUACGAUAUGAGAGAGCGAGUCACUUUUUGAGUUUUUGGAAGAGCUACGCGACCGAGUUGUCGAUCUAUUCGUUGGAUGUACAUGGGUCUUCCCGAUCAUCUUCAGGCUCGGGGAAUGGAGAUGCCGUUCGACGUUGGAAUAAAGCCUAAUAAAUUCAUGUACUAGCUUCAACGUCGAGACCCUAACUGUCUGAAGCGUUGCGAUGUUAUGAAGUGAA